CCGGACUCCCGCAGCUGCGGGGGAUGGACGUAAGCACGUCGGUCCUCCUACGCGUCCACCUCUGGGAAGACGAGAGCGUUCCCCUCGGCACCGCCGCCGGCUCUUCAGGAGCCGGGUCGAUUGCGACUGCGCAGAUUUAUAUAAUUGCCAACGACCACUGAUGAAGAUAGGUUGGAGUAACUGCUGAAACUGAAUUUUGCUGACCAGAAGACAGUCCAUUUGUUUCACUUCUUUUUGUUUUCCCUACUGCUUUGAGCUUUACUGUAACGGCUGAAAAACUUGGAAAAUAAAAUGAACAUGCUGUGGUCUUGAACAUUUUUUUUUUUUGAGGAAAAAUUAAAGUGCCAGAGUGAAAGCCAGAAUGGCAUCCAGAGAGAGACUCUUUGAACUUUGGAUGCUUUAUUGUGCAAAGAAAGAUCCAGAUUACCUGAAGCUCUGGUUGGACAACUUUGUUUCUAGCUAUGAACAAUUCUUAGAUGUUGACUUUGAAAAGCUGCCCACCAGGGUAGAUGAUGUGCCUCCAGGAAUAUCUCUGCUUCCUGACAAUAUUCUGCAGGUUCUGAGGACCCAGCUUCUACAGUGUGUUCAGAAAACGGCAGAUGGGUUAGAGGAAGAGCAGCAAGCCUUGUCAAUUUUGCUUGUCAAGUUCUUCAUUAUUCUUUGCAGAAAUCUAUCUAAUGUAGAAGAAAUUGGGACUUGCUCAUACAUCAAUCAUGUUAUCACUAUGACAACACUCUAUAUUCAACAAUUAAAAAGCAAAAAAAAAGAGAAGGAAUUGGCAGAUCAGACAUCUAUUGAAGAAUUUGUGAUCCAUGCAUUGGCAUUUUGUGAAAGUUUAUAUGACCCGUAUCGGAAUUGGAGGCAUAGAAUUUCAGGACGAAUCCUUAGUACUGUGGAAAAGAGCAGACAGAAAUAUAAACCAGCUUCUCUGACUGUGGAGUUCGUCCCUUUCUUUUAUCAGUGUUUUCAAGAAAGUGAACAUCUCAAGGAAAGUCUUAAGUGUUGCUUAUUGCAUCUCUUUGGAGCCAUUGUAGCUGGUGGGCAGAGGAAUGCUUUGCAAGCAAUUUCUCCAGCUACCAUGGAAGUUCUUAUGAGAGUUUUGGCCGAUUGUGAUUCUUGGGAGGAUGGAAAUCCUGAAGAAGUGGGUAGGAAGGUAGAACUUACUCUGAAGUGCCUUACAGAAGUGGUACAUAUUCUUCUCACUAGCAGCUCUGAUCAGCGUCAAGUGGAAACCAGCACUAUUUUGGAGAACUAUUUUAAAUUGCUAAAUUCAGAUCAUUCAGCUUUACCUAAUCAAAGGAGGUCCAGACAGUGGGAAAGCUGGUUCAUAGCUCUGCAAAUCAAAAUGCUGAAUACCAUCACAGCCAUGUUAGACUGCACAGAUAGGCCUGUUCUUCAGGCUAUUUUUCUUAACAGUAAUUGCUUUGAACAUCUCAUACGACUGCUACAGAACUGCAAGCUGUUUUUAAAUGCUAACAAUAAGGUGGCAGACAAGAACGAGAAAGACCUUGCCAACAAAUUACUGACAGAAAUGAAUGAGGACCAGGUGUUUCAGGGACAGUUGGAUUGUUUGGCUGUAUCAACCAUUCAGGCUUUGACAGCAGUAAUGAACAAAUCUCCAGCAGCUAAGGAAGUAUUUAAAGAAAGAAUUGGUUAUACACAUAUGUUUGAGGUAUUAAAAUCACUUGGUCAGCCACCACUGGAACUGCUUAAAGAACUUAUGAAUAUGGCUGUAGAGGGUGACCACACUUCAGUUGGGAUUUUGGGCAUUAGUAAUGUCCAACCUCUCUUGCUUCUUAUCCAGUGGCUUCCAGAGCUAGAAUCCCAUGACCUGCAAAUCUUCAUCUCUGAUUGGCUGAAAAGAAUUUGUUGUAUUAAUAGGCAGAGUCGAACUACUUGUGUCAAUGCAAACAUGGGAAUUAGAAUCAUUGAAACCCUUAAAUCCCAUUCUUCCCUCCAUCGAACUUGUGCUGAGAACUUGAUUGCACUCCAUGGUUCCUUGGGGAGCCAGUCAGUGAGCUCAGAAGAAAUCCGUCAACUGCUAAGAUUGCUGAGAGUGGAUGAAUCUGAAUAUAUCCACCCUUAUACCACUCCUGUAACUCGAGCAAUCCUGACAAUGGCCCGAAAACAAAGUCUAGAGAGCGCACUGCAGUAUUUUAAUUUGUCACAUAGUAUGGCAGGCAUUUCUGUGCCUUCCAUACAGAAAUGGCCAGGGUCUGCCUUUUCUUUCAAUGCUUGGUUUUGUUUAGAUCAGGAUCAGCUGACUCUUGGCAAUGCUAACAAAGGAGGAAAAAGAAAACAAUUGUACAGCUUUUUUACAGGAAGUGGCCUGGGUUUUGAAGCUUUUAUUACCCAUUCAGGUAUGUUGGUUGUGGCAGUGUGCACGAAAAGAGAAUAUGCAACAGUUAUGCUUCCAGACCACAGUUUCUGUGAUUCCCUCUGGCACAACAUAACCAUUGUUCACAUGCCUGGAAAAAGGCCCUUUGGUCAGAGCCUUGUCUAUAUCUAUGACAAUGGACAGCAAAAGGUCUCUGCCCCUCUGAGAUUUCCUGCCAUGAAUGAACCUUUUAUUUCUUGCUGCAUUGGUUCAGCUGGGCAAAGAACCACAACUCCUCCACCAUCCCAAAUCCCAGAUCCACCUUUUGCUUCUCCCAUCACCCCUCAUCGGACAUCAUUUGGUGGAAUUUUGUCAUCAGCUUCUUGGGGAGGAACAAUUGAAAAAUCAAAAUUGAUUACCAAAAUGAUAUCAGCUGGAACCCAAGACAGUGAAUGGGGAUGUCCCACAUCUCUGGAGGGUCAGCUGGGGUCUGUUAUCAUCUUCUAUGAAGCACUGCAGCCUCCUCAGGUGAAGGCAUUAUACUUAGCAGGUCCAAAUUGUUUAAGCCCUUGGAAAUUUCAAGAUUCUGACAUGGCUGACCUGCCUGGUAAUGUCCUUCUUCACUACACUGCAAAGGCCUGCAAAAAUUCAAUCUGUCUUGAUUUAUCUACUAAUUGUUUGCAUGGAAGGUUAACAGGAAACAAAGUAGUAAACUGGGACAUUAAGGACAUCAUAAACUGCAUAGGUGGAUUAAAUGUACUCUUUCCUCUAAUGGAACAAAUCAGCCACUUUGGUGAAGGACAGAUUCCUGAAGGAUUCAAUGAAAGCACAGUUUCUGAAUUGAUAACACCUGUAGAAGGAGAUUGGGUGGUAUUGAACUCCACAAAGGCAUCAGAGUCAAGACUAGAGAGAAAUUUAAUUGCAACAUUUAUCUUGGUUGUGAAACACUUCAUUCAAAGACAUCCUAUUAACCAGGACAAUCUUAUUCACUCCCAUGGAGUUGCCAUUCUUGGUGUCUUACUUCAGAAGGUGCCAAGCACCUUGAUGGAUGUUAAUGUAUUGAUGGCAAUUCAGUUACUCAUUGAGCAGGUAUCAUUAGAGAAAAAUAUGCAGCUCCUGCAACAAAUGUAUCAGUAUUUACUCUUUGACUUCCGUAUUUGGAACCGUGGAGAUUUUCCCUUUCGAAUUGGUCACAUACAAUAUCUUUCCACCAUCAUCAAAGACAGCAGGAGAGUUUUCCGAAAGAAGUAUGGUGUACAGUUUCUCCUUGAUACCCUUAGGAUUUAUUAUGGGAGUGAUUGUAAAUAUAGUGAGCUGUCUGUAGAUGAUAUUCGAACAAUAAGGACUUCUUUGUAUGGACUAAUUAAAUAUUUUCUGUGCAAAGGCGGAACUCAUGAAGAGAUACAAAGUCUUAUGGGUUACAUAGCUGCUAUCAGUGAAGAAGAACAGCUUUUUGGAAUUUUGGACAUACUCUUCGGUCUCCUACGUACCAGCCCAACUAGAGGUCAGCUUUUCUUACUGCUGUUUGAGCCAGGAAAUGCUGAUAUACUUUAUGCCUUGCUCUUAAAUCAGAAGUACUCUGACAGACUAAGAGAAAUCAUUUUUAAGGUUAUGGAACAGAUGUUGAAAUGCACAAACGUUUAUGAACGAAGUAAACAACGUAUUCGACUUAGAGAAGUUGGCUACUCGGGAUUAGGACUCCUUCUUAAUGAAGCACCUGUUAAUACAUCUCUCAUUAAAAGUCUCACCAAUCAAAUUACAAAUACAGAUCCUGCUGUUAAUUUCAAAGAUCUGUUAUCUGUGGUAUAUAUAUCUCACAGAGCAUGUAUAAAUGUCAGGGUGGUCAUCUGCAGAAAGAUUUUACAGAUUUUACAGUCCCAGCCAGAUGCAGCACAUCAAAUAUCUCAACAAGUGGGUUGGCAAGACACUUUAGUUAGGCUUUUUUUGAAAGCAAAUUUUGAAAAUGGAAGUACUCUUCAUAAGCACAGUAGGGCGGUUGUAAUGAAAGACAAUGAUAAAAAUAUAUCAGCUGAAGAUAUGAAGAGGAACUUUGAUGAAAAGACAGAUGAGGAAAAAGUUAACUCUUUUGCCUCAGCUCACAUGUCUUCAGAUCAGUGGAGCUUGGAGGAUAGACACUCCCUAGACUCGAACACACCAUUAUUUCAAGAAGAUAGCUCUAUGGGAGAAUUAUCUUUCAAAUUAGAGAAUCAAGAAGAAUUCUGGCAUAAUAACCCUGCACAUUUGAGUUUAGAUCUCAGCGGAAUUGAUUCAUGUGAACUGAGUGAUAGUGGAAGUCAAAUGCCAGACAGCCUGCCCAGCACGCCAUCCCCGAUAGAAUCCACUAAGUCGUUUUCUGCGCAGUCUGACAAAGAAACCAGCGUCACAAAUGAUGUGGGCUUUAGCGAUGACUUCUCUUUACUUGAAAGCCAAGAGAGAUGUGAGGAGGAGCUUAUUCAGUUACUGACAAACAUCUUGAACUGUGUAAUGUGUAAGGGACUAGAAAAGUCUGAUGACGAUACUUGGGUUGAACGGGGACAAGUGUUUUCGGCACUGACUAAACCAGGCAUAUCCAGUGAGCUACUUCGACCAUCAGAAGAAAUAAAACUAAUUUUGCUACAGAAGAUGUUAGAGUGGGCGGUCACAGAAAACAGAGAAGCAAAAAUUAAUCCAGUAACUGCUGAAAAUGCUUUCCGACUCAUGCUGAUCAUACAGGACUUUCUGCAGUCAGAGGGACUGGUUAAUUCAAACAUGUGGACUGAGAAGCUUUUAGAGGACAUGAUGCUGCUCUUCGACAGUCUGUCAGUGUGGUAUUCUGAAAGUCCAGUAGGGCUGAAACUUUCUCAAGUUCAAAUCCAGUUGCUUCUAGGCUUCAUUGGAAGGGGUGAUUUGCAGGUUUGUGCAGUGGCAUCAGCUAAGCUAAACACCCUUCUUCAGACCAAGGUGAUUGAAAAUCAGGAUGAAGCAUGUUACAUUUUAGGGAAGCUGGAACAUGUUCUAAGUCAAUCAAUCAAGGAACAGACUGAAAUAUACUCAUUUCUGAUUCCCCUUGUCCGUACUCUGGUUUCCAAAAUUUAUGAGCUUCUCUUCAUGAACUUGCAUCUGCCUUCUUUACCUUUUACCAAUGGUAGCUCUUCAUUUUUUGAAGAUUUUCAAGAAUAUUGCAGUUCAAGUGAAUGGCAAGUUUACAUUGAAAAAUAUAUUGUACCUUACAUGAAGCAGUAUGAGACCCAUACAUUUUAUGAUGGUCAUGAGAACAUGGCACUUUAUUGGAAAGACUGUUAUGAAUCCUUAAUGGUGAAUAUGCAUAAACGAGACCGGGAAGGUGGAGAAAGCAAGCUCAAGUUUCAGGAGUUUUUUGUGGAGCCAUUUAAUCGAAAAGCACGCCAAGAGAACUUGAGGUAUAAUAAUAUGCUUAAACAACUUAGCAGUCAACAGUUAGCUACUCUGAGACGCUGGAAGGCAAUAAAGCUCUAUCUUACAUGCGAAAGGGGACCUUGGGCUGAAAGGAAACAAAAUCCAACUCACUGGAAACUAGCUAAUGUAGAAAAUUAUUCCCGCAUGAGACUUAAAUUGGUGCCGAAUUAUAACUUCAGAACCCAUGAUGAAGCUAGUGCUUUGAGAGAUAAUCUAGGUAUCCAGCACUCACAUCCUUCCAGUGAUUCAUUGCUUUUGGAAGUAGUCAAACAAGUAAAAGUUAGUGAUAUGGAGGAGGAUAAAUUAGAUCUUCCUGAAGAGGAAAUAACAGCCAGAGUAAAUAUUGAUGAGAAGGAAGAACAGGAUCAAAAAGAAAAAUUGGUGUUGUCGGAGGACUGUGAACUCAUUACAAUAAUUGAUGUAAUUCCUGGCAGAUUAGAAAUCACUACUCAACACAUUUACUUCUAUGAUGGCAGCAUUGAAAAAGAAGAUGGAGUAGGCUUUGAUUUCAAGUGGCCUCACUCUCAAGUCCGAGAGAUUCACCUACGACGGUACAACUUAAGGAGGUCAGCCCUUGAGAUUUUUCAUGUUGACCAAUCCAACUACUUUCUCAAUUUCAAAAAAGAGGUUAGGAACAAAGUGUAUAGCAGACUGUUGUCACUUCAUUCUCCAAACAGUUAUGGAACCAGAUCACCACAGGAGUUAUUCAAAGCAUCAGGACUGACACAGAAAUGGGUGAACAGAGAAAUAUCAAAUUUUGACUACCUCAUUCAGUUAAAUACAAUGGCAGGACGAACCUAUAAUGACCUUGCGCAGUAUCCUGUGUUCCCCUGGAUUUUACAAGAUUAUACUUCAGAAGAAUUGGAUCUUAAUAACCCAUCUGUAUUUCGAGAUCUGUCCAAACCAAUUGGGGUAGUUAAUGAUAAAAAUGCCAAAGCCAUGCGAGAAAAAUAUGAAAACUUUGAGGAUCCUAUGGGAACUAUUGAUAAAUUUCAUUAUGGUACUCACUAUUCAAAUUCUGCCGGCGUCAUGCACUAUCUUAUUCGUACAGAACCAUUCACCACCCUCCACAUCCAGCUUCAGAGUGGAAGGUUUGACUGUGCAGAUCGACAAUUCCAUUCCAUCCCUGCUACCUGGCAGGCUCUCAUGGACAAUCCAUAUGAUGUGAAGGAACUUAUUCCUGAAUUCUUCUAUUUCCCAGAGUUUUUGGAAAAUCAAAAUCAAUUUAACUUAGGUCGUCUGCAAGUUUCCAAAGAACUAGUAAAUGAUGUCAUUCUCCCCAAAUGGGCUAAGUCAGCUGAAGAUUUCAUCUAUAAACACAGGAAAGCUCUGGAGUCUGAAUAUGUUUCUGCUCAUCUUCAUGAGUGGAUAGAUCUGAUUUUUGGCUAUAAACAGAGGGGGCCAGCUGCAGUGGAGGCACUCAAUGUUUUCUAUUACUGUAGUUAUGAAGGAGCUGUGGAUCUGGACGCCUUAACAGAUGAGAAGGAAAGAAAAGCCUUAGAAGGGAUGAUUAACAAUUUUGGGCAAACACCUUGUCAACUGUUAAAGGAACCACAUCCUUCUAGAUUAUCAGCUGAGGAAGCAGUGCAGAAGCAAACCAAAACAGACACUUCAACCUUUAACCUGUUUCAGCACCUCCCUGAACUCAAGUCAUUUUUUAUAGAGGGAAUUAGUGAUGGUAUUCCACUAAUAAAGGCCAUUGUCCCCAAAAAUCAGUCUCGUUCUUUUAUGUCACAAGGCAGUCCUGAGUUACUGAUAACAAUAAGCAUGAAUUAUGUUAUUGGAACCCAUGGAUGGCUGCCUUAUGACAGAAACAUUUCUAAUUACUUUACAUUUAUCAGGGAUCAAACUGUGACAAAUCCAAAAACUCAGCGUAGUAUGAAUGGCCCUUUUGCUCCAGGGCUGGAGAUUACUUCUAAGCUAUUUGUAGUAUCACAUGAUGCGAAGUUGCUUUUUAGUGCUGGACACUGGGAUAAUAGCAUUCAAGUGAUGUCACUUACAAAAGGCAGAAUUAUUUCACACAAUAUCAGACAUAUGGAUAUUGUGACUUGUUUAGCUACAGAUUACUGUGGAAUACAUUUGAUUUCUGGUUCCAGAGAUACUACAUGUAUGAUAUGGCAGAUAACCCAACAGGGAGGUGUUCCUGUGGGCCUAGCAUCUAAACCUUUUCAAAUUCUGUACGGACAUACUGAUGAGGUACUGAGUGUCGGAAUCAGCACUGAGCUAGACAUGGCAGUGUCAGGAUCAAGGGAUAGCACUGUGAUCAUACAUACCAUUCAGAAAGGUCAGUACAUGCGGACUUUACGACCACCAUGUGAGAGUUCUCUGCUCCUGACCAUUCCCAAUUUGGCUAUAUCUUGGGAAGGACAUAUUGUCAUCUACUCCAGCAUUGAAGAAAGUACCACCCUCAAGGAUAAGAAUGCAUUGCAUUUGUUUUCUGUAAAUGGCAAGUAUUUAGGGUCUCAAGUCCUAAAGGAACAAGUAUCAGAUAUAUGUAUAAUUGGAGAACACAUUGUCACAGGCAGCUUACAAGGAUUCCUGUCUGUAAGAGACCUCCACAGUUUGAAUCUCAGCAUCAACCCAUUAUCCAUGCGAUCGCCUAUCCACUGUGUUUGUGUAACCAAAGAAUACAGCCAUAUUCUUGUAGGAUUAGAAGAUGGCAAAUUGAUUGUAGUGGGUGUUGGCAAGCCAGCUGAGAUGCGUUCAGGUCAGCUUUCUCGAAAAUUGUGGGGAUCUAGCAAGCGGCUCAGCCAGAUUUCAGCUGGAGAAACUGAAUAUAAUACUCAAGAUUCCAAGUGAUUGUUAUUUCUACCUUCUGUCAUGGAUAACUGAAAUUUGAUUUAUUGCUUUGUCACCUUAACCACAUCUCUCAACUAUCUUAAAUGUUUCAGGGGUUUUAUCCCUGCAAAUCAUUUAGGGAUUACCAAAAUUUGGUAUGGUGUGUGUAUAAAUUCAUAGGUUUUAUUACUGUCCACUUAAAAAAUUUCUGGUUAACAUCAUUGAAUCUGAUCUUAGUAACUAAUUCUUGGUCUACACUACGGUGAAUUUGAGAAAAUACAUUUGAUUAGAUUUAGUGGUUUAUUCCUAAAGAGCAUUAGAUCCAUUUUUAAAAACAAACUUCUAAAAAUGAAGACGUUAGAGUCAAUUCGCUUAUUCUAAACAGCAAAAGUUGAGGUAUUUCUAAUAAAAGACUAGAGAUAAUGGGACAGUUGAGAGAUUUGGCUUUUAAUGCAUACUUUAAUCAUUCUCCUAUUUACUGACCACCAUACUUAAAAAUACAUCAAUUUAUUUAUGGAACUUCUAUUUGGAGGUAAUAUUUUAAAGGCAUCUUUUGCAUACUUGGAUAUUCAAAACUCAGUAUAAGUUACAGGUUUUCAUGAUAAGUUGAAAAUAAGACUUUUGAAACUGGUACAUUGGCUCAUCCCACUACUACUUAGCAUGUUACUAAUGAGAAUUUAUUGCAAUGUUAUUAUCCUUAAAUAAUAAAGUUUGAGUAGGAAUAAGAAAAACUAGAGAUACAUUUUGUGGGUAUAUUUCAUUUGUAGUAUAGUUAAGGAAAAAUGUGAUUAUGAUUUUGAUAGUCGGGUCCUUUUAAGUAGCAUCUGCAGCUCAAUUUAUAUCUGCAAAGUACGAAAUUUCUUGGCUUUAUCUUUAUUAAACACUGUGUUUUCCCUCAAUAAUUAUUGGAGUUAGCAGUGAUACCCAAAUAUGUUACAUUUUUACUUAUUUCAUAUAAUUGAUGAAUGAACUGAAAAGAUAAGCAUAAUUUAAACUAUCAUUUAGAUACAGUAAUUUUUUAAAAUACACAUUUCUAUUUCAUAUUACAUAUAACUUUAGAAUUAUAAUUUAAUUUUAUUAUAGGUAGCUAGAUCUUACAUUAUGCUUUGCUAUUCAAAAUUUUAAAGUGAAAGGCUGAUAAUUUAUUUUGGAAUUCAAAGAGAUUGUUAAACCUUGUGCUUUUACAAUGUCUUUUUUUGUGUUAGGUCAGAAAGCUUUUACAACUACGUGUGCCCCUAAUCUAAGAUUCCACAGGUUUUGGGGGAAUUUAUGAAUCCCUUAAAACUGUGUGGAAAUUCUGUAUGUUUUACAACAAUACCUUUUUACAACAAUACCUUUUUAAAAUACGAAUACUUUUUUAUUUCACAAAUUAUAGAUUUCCUUAUAUCCAGUUGUCUUCUCAGUUGAAUCUUUGAGAAAUUUUUCCUUUGCAAUUCUCUCUUGUUGCCCACAGUAUCUAGUACCCUUUUCUUUAUAAUCCUAUGAGUGAGUAAAAAAAUUAUGAGAAGUAGAGGAUUCUGUUAGGGAAACUUUUUGAUAGAUUUGAUUCGCUUGUGUUAAGACUAGUAAAAAGUUACGGAAGAAUUUUUUUUUCCAGUUAUUUAAAAUCCUCUGUUUUAUUCAGUAAAAAAGUUAUGUUUUUAGGUAAAUCACACUGAAAUAAACUGAUGCAGAAAGUGUAAAUUAGAGCAUAUGUAAAUGUGAAGGUUUCCUUUUUGAGGAAUUCUGCAAUUGGCAAAAAAUGUCUCAAAAGAAGUCAGUAGAGAUAAUCAUGAUAUAUUGAGAUUUCUUCUAUUAUUUUUUUAAUUCUGUUUUAAUUUUUUAUCUUAUAUAUAUUAGGAGGUUUCAAGUCAAGAGAGCCAAAAUGAUUGGGUUUUGGUAUUUUAAAUGUUGAUUUUUUAAAAAACCUGUUUCUAAAACAAAUGUUUGGCAAUGUUUCUUUUGCCUAUUUAUCUAGAGAUUUUGGUUAAGGAUGCCUUCUUUAUUUUUAAGGUCACUUAAUAUUGGUUUUGGAAGUUAUUUUGGAUGCUUAUAAGUUAAAGAAAAAAAGUUUACCUUAGAUUAUUAGGGGAAAAUUCCUAAAUUUUUGGUAUUUUACUUUGCUACUGUUUAGAUGGAGGAACUAAACAAGCAGUUUUCAUUUUACAGCACAACCCUGAAGAAGCUUUAUUCACAGUAAAGUAGAUAACCUACCUAGAGUAGUAGUAGAUGUUCAGAGCAGUGGAAUUAAUCCUUAUAUUACACUUUCCAAAAAGUGAAAACAAAAAAUGUAAAAUUUUGAGGAAAAUCUUUGAGAAUAUUAGCAAUAGUCUAGAAGAACAGAACUUAAAGUUUAUUAAAUAAGCAAAUAUAGUAGUAGUAUUAGCUGAAUAAUUCCUCUUUUAAACAGUUUAGACCACUGAAUUAAAAAUCAGUAGAUAAAAUCACUGGAAAGAUACACUUUGAGCGAUUCUGGUGUAUUUGGAUGUUAUGCAUAGAAAUUACUUCUGUAUUGUAUAAUGGGAGAAAUGAACAGUAUCAUUACAGUGCAGUAACAGGUGGACAUUUCAGAUGAUAAAUAUCUCAAUUUCGCUGUUAUAUGAAGUGUGUUGUGUUUGAACAACUUUUCAUCUGCUUUUGUUUCUUGACACUGAUGAUGGAAAUAUAAAUCUCAGCAUCCUGAAGCUGCAGAGAGAUUUACACUAAGAUAAUGAUUUUAUUUUUAGAAAGUGAGGUCAAAUAUUAAAACAUAUAAUAGAGGUACUCAUUUAGAGAAUAAAGAAGCUUUAUAAGAUUUUUUUCAAAUCUUCUCAAUCAGUAUUCUGUCAUUACUUAAGUAAAAUUGGAGGAGAGAAGAAAACAUAGAGCAGGGCAUGAAUGAAGCUCGGCCAGUUGUUUCAAGUCUUUUAAGCCUGUGAAGCUCAUAUCAUCUAUGAAUAAAUUUCUAUUAAUUUCCUUCAGGUCACAGUACUUUUUCAGGUCACAUCCUUUUGUAGGAGAGAAAAUGCCAAGUAUUCAUUUGUCAUUAACAACAAAUGACAGCGAGGCUUUUUUUCUCUAUGUAAGGCAUAGAAAAAUUAUCCUUCAAGAACUAGUAUUGAAAAUCAGUUUUAUGCUUCUGAAGGAAUAAGGAUGCUCUCAUAAUAGAAUUUAGAUUUAAAAGCUGAAUCUUAACCGAAGACUUUUUUGUAUUUUGCUUGAAUAGGAGUAGGUAGAGGAAAUAGUUAACUUAUAUACUCUAUUUUUAUUUAAUGAUGACACAUGGCCUUUGCCUUUUAAGUAUAUUUUAUAUUGUUAUUACUAAAGAAAUCACUAAUGGAAAUUCUGAAUUUAAAGAGGUUAACUCCUUUUAUAUAUUUAUAUUUAUAAAGUGAAUAGCAUUGUCUUUAUCACCUUUCCAAUGAAAAGAUGCAAGUGCAUGGACUAUAUUAAAUAUAAAUAUAUAAAUAUUAAAUGAUAUCACAUAAUAUAUAGUAUCAUGUGGGGGUGUGUAGGUGUGAAGGUUGGUCUCUUCAAAUACAUCACCAAACAUAUCAUCCAUAAAUAAGUUCUUUAGGAUAUAGUUUUGAUAUAAGAAGUAAAUACUUUUUUUUUUUAAUUUCCUAAAUCUAAUCUGCUGUUUUCCUUUAUCAGGCAGACUCACAGCUUCUCCUAGUUAGUGACAACUUCUCUUAUCAACUAAAACUGUUCUUUCCCAGGAAGUGACCAGUUUGAAACAUUUUUAUCACUCUAAACAAAUACUGUUCGCAGUAUUCUUUUUGCCUAAUUCAUUUAUCGUAUGCACGUUUGAUUUGAUUUAAACUUGAUCAUCCAGAACAUUGUUCUGGAGAGUCUUCCUCUAUCAGAGUCCUUGUUGUGUUUUUUUCCUGAUGAUAUUAGGCAACAAUAUAGUGUUAUCAGUCAUAACUUCAAUAUUAUUAAAAUGUUGGCCACAACUUUACUUCUUUAAUGUGAAUCUAGCAUUUUCAAGGCCAUUGUUUCUUAACUGAGAUUGUAGAUCAGACUUCUCUGUGAAGUUUUAUAAAUAUACAAAAGUUUAGGCAUUACUCUGGACAUUCUGAAUCUCUUUACUUGAUAUUCUUGGUAUAAAAAAUUGUCCUCAGGGUUAUUAUAUUAAAUCUUAAAAUAUUUUCUGCUAUAGAAAUUAUAUCCAUUUUUAUAAAUCAGAUCUGAUAUUCAUAGGCAUAUUUGAAAAUAGGUUUAAUCAUUAUCCUUGAAGACAUUUUUUCUAAAAUUUGCCUGGAAUGGGUUUCUUAUCUUUGUUCUGCAUGCUACAGACACAACUAAAUUUCCUUUUCAGUUUGCAUUAUUCUUAUCAUAAACUCUCUUCAGACCUCUCACAUUUGAAAAUUAUAACUAAUAUUUGCCUCUAAAAAAGUGUGGUUUUGCUUCUUUUAGUUCCUAGUAACUAUCAGUGAGUAUUUUGCAUAUCUGAAUUAGGUAACAUUUUAAAGUAUUAAUAAAAAACAUUAGUAACAAAAUGCUAGAUUUAAAACAUAGACUUAGCUCUCUCAUAGCCUUGAAGCUAGUAAUUGAUAGUUUUUCUAUUUAAAAGCAUUGGAUAAAUUCCCUAAGCAUUUCUGAGGACUUUGGUAGGUAUAGCCUCUGUAUGGACAUACUCUUUCAUAUGAAAUCUUAGUAUUACAAAAAAAUAAAGCAUUAACAUUUAAGAUAUUUAGGAAAUGAUUUGAUUUUCUACAUUAAAAUUAUAAGACCAUCUUAGAUUAUAGGAGUUAUGAUUUUCUUCAGUAUAAAAAGCUUGUGUAAAAGUGGCUGUCUUAUCAGGUACUUUUCUGGUAAACUAGUAAUUCAUCAGACACAUCUUAGAUUUAUCUCACUGACAUUUGUCACGUGGGUGAUUUCUAAACAGAUUGUAGGAUUUGGACCCAUGAAGCUAAUGGCUUUAGUGAAAAAUAAGAGGACAGAGAUAAAACUGUAUUUACUUUUGUCUUAAUGGCUUUAAUUUUAUGAACUGAAAAUUCAAAGGAAAAGAACAAGUGGAAAGUCACUAAUUCAACACUUGUUUUCCUUUGUUUAGUUUUUAAUGUUUCCUUCGAAACUUAUUUUGCAAAUAUCACCAUAAUACCACAAGAUUGUCACUGAAAAAGUUACCCAUUGAUUUUUCAAAGUUGACUGCUAGUGGACUUAUGGAUGUUUGUAUGUGUGUGUGUGUUUUCAUUUAUAAUAUGAUGGCUGUCUCAUUAUUUAAAAUUUAAAACUUUUUGAAUGUACAGACUGAUUAGCUAUAUUGUUACAAUGUAGCAUUGUAAUUUGAGAAUUAGAAAACAAGUUAGGAUUUAGGUGGGAUUGAAAAAUAAAAUUAUAUUUUAUUGAUUAAAUAUAAACUUUUUAAAAAGAAGUCUUCCAAUUGGACCUUUUGAAAAUUUAUUUUGCUAAUAAUAUAUUUCAGCUUAACGUGUAUUAAAACUAGAGGUUCUGUGGUAGCCAGUGUGCUAAAUAAAUAGUUAAUUUAAAAAUGCUAUUUUUGUUGUUCCUUAUCUUGGAAACAUUUUCCCACAAUAUCUAAGCAAUGUGUUUUAAGAUUUAUUGGGCUUAACCUACAAAUUCAACAAAUCCUCUUCUUGCAUUUUGGAAGAAAAAAAAUUUAUGAUAAAUAUAUUUUUCUCUUCAGAAUGCUAAAAUAUAUGAAUCAAUAAACACUUUAGAAAGUAGUUCUGGUAAGGAGAUGUCAGUUGUCAGACUUAACUGAAAAAAUUUAACCCUCUUAGUUUCUUAUAUAGGGAUUAAAGAGAAUAACUUUAUUUAUUCCUUUGGGAUUUUAACUGCUUUUCUUGGAUAACCUUCAGAGUAUUUAGUUGCAAUAGUUUCUACAUUUCUUCCAAAAUUAUGGCAUAUUACAGUACAUCUUACUGUUAAAGAUCUUUUAUAAUUUUGACUGUUUUUUUUUCCUAUUAUGUUUAUUACUCCUCUCUGAGAUUCACAAAUACCAUCACCAAAAAUUUUUUGUGGCUACUGUUUAUUUUAUAGUUAGCUUUACAGAAAGCCAUAUGGUAUGGCUGGUCUGUCCCCUUCAGAAGUUCCUAACGGGUAUGGCUUUCCUUCCCUCAGCUGUUUGCUUUUAUAGAUUUGGAGCAAAAAAAUUUAGCAAAAAAUAACCAGAGAUCUAGCCAGUCAUUUUCUAUCAGAUGCAUUUCUACAGAAGUGAAUUCAUUAAGACUGAAAAGUAUUAAACAGAUAUGAUUUGUCUCUUACGUCAGUUUUUGGGACCCAGAUGAAAUAGGAGCAUUUCAGUGUUAUCAUAGAGGUGACAGUGACUUGAAUGCCUAUAUAUAUAUAUAUGCACAUAGUUAGUUCAGAGGAUAGAUGAAAAUUUGGAAUUACUUGUUUAAAAAAUACUUGCAGAUUGUGCUGCUACUUAAAUAUUUAAGAAAUUCAAAAAGUUGUGUAGUUAUCAUAAAAUGUUCCUUCUCAUUUAUUCUACUGGAAUUGACCAUGAAAAAAAGACUAUUAAGCCUUAUUUAUAUCUAAUUAUUGACUGUGCAAACUGUGACUCAAUGAAUAUUUGUAUGCCAAAAAAAAAAAAAGGUUUUAAAGUUGAGAAAGUUUUAGACUUAAUAAAGAUUGUAAAUAAUUUUGAUUAGCAUUCUCAUUAUAAUGAAGUUACUGUUAAUUUGGUGCAAUACAUUCUUCCCUUUCUCAUCCUUUUAAAAUUAAAUAUAUAAGAUGUAUGUUUUGUUACAUUGAAUGCUGUUUUAAAAUUUUUCUAUGUGUGUGUAUAUGGGUAGAUAUUUGAUUUGUUUCUGUAUAGCAUGAAUGAAGAUAAUAAUUGAAAAUUUUGCACAUUUUUUAGUCCUUUGGAAAUUUGUAUUCUAACAGUUUUUAAGAAUAUGCAUUUAUUUUGUACAUA